AUGUUGGUGCUUGUCAUCCUUGGGGCUGGCUAUUUUCUCAAGAAGGAACAUUCAGCAAAGGUGCAGGUGCUGAAGGCCAGAGCCCUGAACCUCCUGGAGCUGCUGAGUUUAGAGAUGCUCCAGGAGGUCACAGACUUUCAAAGCUGGAACCAGGAGAAGCAGCUUUCUUACUCUCAUGUUUUGUCCACAGACAGGUUCCUGGUAUUUGGCCCUACAGACCCCAUUGUGGCAGUGCUGGGCAGGGACACCAUGCUGUCCUGCACCCUGUCACCAGCCAUGAGUGCAGAGAACAUGGAGCUGCGGUGGUACCGUUCCAAGUUCUCAGAAGCAGUGUUCAUCUAUCAGAACCAGCGGGAGCAGAAGGAGGGGCAGAUGCCAGAGUACUCAGGGAGGACCUCCCUGGUGAAGGACUUCCUCACCUGGGGGGAGGCUGCUGUGCGCAUUGACAAGGUCCGGAUUUCUGACAAUGGGCAGUACACCUGCUUGUUCGGAAAGGGACGCUUCUAUGAAAGGGCUACGUUGGAGAUAAAGGUGGCAGGUGUGGGCUCUGCCCCUGAAAUGCGCAUCGAAGGACCAGAGGAAGAUGGGGUCCGCGUGGCCUGUACGGCCUCCGGGUGGUUUCCGAAGCCCCAGGUUCAGUGGAGGGACCUUAGUGGAGAGAAGUUCCUGGCUUUCUCUGAGGCUCAUGCCCAAGACUCUGAUGGGUUGUACCGCGUGGAGUCCUCGCUGGUGGUGAGAGACAGCUCUGCUGGGAACGUGACCUGCUCCAUCCUCAACCCCAUCCUGGGCCAGGAGAAGGCGAAGGCCAUUUUCAUCCCAGACUGGAGGAAGGCUGUUUACCAGGCUGCCUGGAGGAAGGCCCAGUUGUAUGCAGAUUGGCGGAAGGAGCAGUUCCAGAGCUGUGAGUGA